AUGAAGCCCGGUACAUCUCUCCGUCUUGGGGCCCUUCGACAGGUUACACCCCGUAACCGUUUGUCCCUCCCCGCUUCGGCGAGAUGGCAGCAUUCCCGGGCCAUGUCAACAGUUGUUGACUUCCAUCCUCGACCUUCGCAGCCGCCUCCUCCUCCGGCUGGAGCUAACGAAGCGAUUGAGAAGCAGAGGGCGGAGAAGAGGAAGCAGAUUCUGAGGGAAGCUGUCACGGCGACUCAGGUUCGACAUGACUGGACCAAGGAGGAGAUUGCGGCCAUUUACUACCAGCCUGCCCUGGAGCUAGCAUACCAAGCUAGCACCGUACACCGUCGAUGGCACAACCCCGCCGAAGUGCAACUCUGCACUCUGAUGAACAUCAAGACAGGCGGCUGCACCGAAGACUGCUCCUACUGCGCCCAAUCCACCCGUUACCAAGAAGGCACAAAGGUUCCCGCCAAGAGAGUAGAGAGUGUCGAGAGCGUACUAGCAGCUGCGCGAACAGCCAAAGAGAAGGGAAGCACUCGAUUCUGCAUGGGCGCCGCAUGGAGAGAUAUGCGCGGUCGCAAGAACAGCUUGAAGAACAUUAAGGCUAUGGUUGAGGGCGUCAAAGGCAUGGGUAUGGAGGUCUGCGUGACGCUGGGUAUGAUCGAUGCAGAGCAGGCAAAGGAGCUCAAGGCCGCGGGCCUCACGGCGUACAACCACAACGUCGACACUAGUCGUGAGUUCUACCCGUCUGUCAUUACGACACGCAGCUACGACGAGCGACUACAGACGCUGAGCCACGUGCGCGACGCUGGUAUCAAGGUGUGUUCAGGUGGAAUUCUCGGUCUGGGCGAGACCAGCGAAGAUCGUGUUGGUCUCCUUCACACCGUGUCGACACUCCCAAGUCACCCGGAGAGCUUCCCCGUCAACGCCCUGGUGCCCAUCAAGGGCACGCCGCUGGGCGAUCGACCGAUGGUUGAGUUCACGAGCAUGUUGCGAACCAUCGCCACGGCGCGAAUCAUCAUGCCCUCGACCAUCAUCCGCAUCGCAGCGGGCCGCAAGACCAUGUCGGAGGAGAAGCAGGCCUUGUGCUUCAUGGCGGGUGCGAACGCUAUCUUUACAGGCGAGAAGAUGCUCACGACGGAGUGCAAUGGCUGGGAUGAGGACGCCGCCAUGUUUGGGCGAUGGGGUCUUGAGCCCAUGAAGAGCUUUGACAAGUCUCCCCAGCCUGCACCUGAAGUUCGAGUUCUGUAA